CCGCCUCCCUGUGGAAGCUGCUUCUUGUUGUGGAGGCCAAAAUGGCGGCUCAAGCGGCGGCAGCGGCCCAAGCUGCUGCGGCCCAGGCAGCGCAGGCCGAGGCGGCCGAGUCGUGGUACCUGGCACUCCUGGGCUUUGCCGAGCACUUCCGCACUUCCAGUCCGCCCAAGAUCCGCCUGUGUGUCCACUGCCUGCAGGCCGUAUUCCCCUUCAAGCCGCCGCAGCGCAUCGAGGCCCGCACGCACCUGCAGCUCGGCUCGGUGCUCUACCACCACACCAAGAACAGCGAGCAGGCUCGGAGCCACCUGGAGAAGGCGUGGCUGAUAUCGCAGCAGAUCCCACAGUUUGAAGAUGUCAAGUUUGAAGCGGCGAGCCUGCUGUCUGAACUCUACUGUCAGGAGAACUCCGUGGAUACUGCGAAGCCAUUGCUGCGGAAGGCCAUCCAGAUCUCACAGCAGACACCGUAUUGGCACUGCCGCCUGCUCUUCCAGCUCGCGCAGCUGCACACACUCGAGAAGGACCUGGUGUCGGCCUGCGACCUCCUUGGCGUGGGGGCUGAGUACGCCAGGGUGGUGGGGUCCGAGUACACACGGGCACUGUUCCUGCUCAGCAAGGGCAUGCUGCUGCUUAUGGAGCGCAAGCUGCAGGAGGUACACCCACUGCUGACGCUGUGUGGGCAGAUCGUGGAGAAUUGGCAGGGGAACCCCAUCCAGAAGGAGUCCCUGCGUGUCUUCUUCCUGGUGCUCCAGGUCACGCACUAUCUGGACGCCGGCCAGGUGAAGAGUGUGAAGCCAUGCCUAAAGCAGCUACAACAGUGCAUCCAGACCAUCUCCACGCUGCACGAUGAUGAGAUCCUGCCCAGCAACCCGGCCGACCUUUUCCACUGGCUGCCCAAAGAGCACAUGUGCGUGCUCGUCUACCUGGUGACCGUGAUGCACUCCAUGCAGGCGGGCUACCUGGAAAAGGCACAGAAGUACACGGACAAGGCCCUCAUGCAGCUGGAGAAGCUCAAGAUGCUGGACUGCAGCCCCAUCCUGUCGUCCUUCCAAGUGAUCCUGCUGGAGCACAUCAUCAUGUGCCGGCUCGUCACAGGCCACAAGGCCACCGCACUGCAGGAGAUCUCUCAGGUCUGCCAGCUGUGCCAGCAGUCCCCCCGGCUCUUCUCCAACCAUGCCGCACAGCUGCAUACCCUGCUGGGCCUGUACUGCGUCUCUGUCAACUGCAUGGACAAUGCGGAAGCCCAGUUCACCACAGCUCUGCGGCUCACCAACCAUCAGGAGUUGUGGGCCUUCAUCGUGACAAACCUGGCGAGUGUGUAUAUCCGGGAAGGAAAUAGGCACCAAGAGGUACUAUACAGCCUACUGGAACGGAUCAACCCGGACCACAGCUUCCCUGUCAGCUCACACUGCCUGCGUGCCGCCGCCUUCUAUGUGCGUGGCCUCUUCUCCUUCUUCCAGGGCCGAUACAAUGAGGCCAAGCGGUUCCUGCGGGAGACGCUGAAGAUGUCCAACGCAGAGGACCUGAACCGGCUCACUGCCUGCUCCCUUGUGCUCUUGGGCCACAUCUUCUACGUGCUGGGCAACCACAGGGAGAGUAACAACAUGGUGGUCCCCGCCAUGCAGCUGGCCAGCAAGAUCCCUGACAUGUCGGUGCAGCUCUGGUCGUCGGCCCUGCUCAGAGAUCUGAACAAGGCCUGUGGCAAUGCCAUUGAUGCACACGAGGCAGCCCAGAUGCAUCAGAACUUCUCGCAGCAGCUGCUCCAGGACCACAUCGAGGCCUGCAGCCUCCCUGAGCACAACCUCAUCACGUGGACGGACGGCCCGCCCCCCGUGCAGUUCCAGGCGCAGAAUGGCCCCAACACCAGCCUGGCCAGCCUGCUCUGAGCCGCGGCCCAACCCUGCCAGACAGUUCUGCUGUCCCGUCCUCAAAAAGGACCUGGUCCCAGGCCAUGGCCAGAGCCACCCUCUGAAGGACUGCAGCUGCCUGGCCAUGGCCACAUUGCCAUCACACCGCUUGGUGGGCCUGGAUGGCCUGACCACAGCUUCCAAAUCCUUGGACUGGACUGGAGUCACCACCACCGUGUGGGCGCAAGCACUUAGCAAAAAGGUGCAUGCCUGCCCAUGCGUGGUGAGGAUUCAAGGCGUGGGACCCAGGGUUCAGCAGCAUAGCACAGCCACCUCAGGAGCAAGGUGGUGCUACCUGCAUUCUCUAGGGACAGUGGCCCUGGACAACAGCGCUCAGGUUGGGCUGGUCUGGGACUCAUCAGGAGGCACUGCCUGGUGACAGUGGCACUGCGUGGGGUGGCAGCCAGCUGCCCCCCUGUCUGGCUAGAGCCUCUCCAGCCCCCUCACAGUGCAGAGCAGUGGGGCUGGGUGCUGGUUCCCCAGCCAAGGCCCUGGUUCCGUCUUCCUGUGUCUCUGCGCCCCCGCUGCCUGUCCUUUCCGGCCCUGUGUUCUUGCUGUCACACUGUCUGGCAUGUGUCCAGCCUAUUUAUUUCCACCUUUGCUUGUGAGCACUCUAUGUAGAGCCGUGGGGACACCAGCCUGGGGCUCAGCUCUGUCUGCACCCCAUGCGUGUGCCCUGCCCCGUGCUAUGUGAGCGUGAGUGAGUAUGCGUGUGCAGUUUAGGGGUCACCAGACAAGUGACAUGCUUCCCCCAGCGACCUGGCCCGGCAGAGCAGACUUCUCCAAGAGAUCGAGAUCUGGAGCUCCAAGGCCCUGGGUGGCAGGCCUAGGUGGGCAACAGCCCUGAGCUGGGUGCAGAAUCUUUUAAUGGUUUGUACUAUUUUAUUAGCCUGCCACUCCAGGGGGGUGCUUUUAAUCAGGAAUGAAUUGUAAAUACAAAGCUGUUUCUGAGUAA